GACAGGUUCCUGUGCAUCUUCAGCACCCCCCUCCUCUUUGGAUACGCAGGCUUCGUUCACCUCUACUUCUUCCUUUUCCUGCCUGCAACAGCAGUAGGCUCUGGCAAUGGCCUCCACUCAUCUUUCCUUCCUGAGCCAAUCAAACAUCUUUUCAGCACUCAGCUGUAGAGUUGCCACGGCUUGAGAACAUUUUGAAAUCAUCUUGACACGCUGGGAGUCUCAAGACCUGUCCCAAUUCCAAGCUGGCUCUUACAGAACCUAUUACUAUGGAAAGAGGAAGAGGACAGCGGGAAGGUGCCGGUGUGAGCCGUAAUAUUUACCCACAGCAGUACAGCUACCCUUCAUCACAGAAUUUAGAGAUACAAGAGCUUGCAUCUAAAAGAGUAGAUAUUCAGAAGAAAAGGUUUUACCUGGAUGUAAAGCAGAGUGCAAGAGGACGUUUCUUAAAGAUAGCAGAAGUAUGGAUUGGCAGAGGAAGGCAAGAUAAUAUUCGGAAAAGCAAGCUGACUUUGUCUUUGUCUGUAGCUGCUGAAUUGAAGGACUGUUUAGGUGACUUUAUAGAGCACUAUGCUCACCUGGGACUGCGUAGCAGUCAUGCACAGAAGAGUGAACAUGGAAGUGAGAAAGAACAUGAACCUAGAAGGAGGCCACGCGCAUCUUCCCCUUCUGGAUCUGUAGGAUCAGAAGAACCUAUGACACACAGUGUUCUGAAAACUGAAUAUAUUGAAAGGGACAACAGAAAAUAUUACCUUGAUCUUAAAGAGAACCAGCGAGGUCGGUUUUUACGUAUUAGGCAAACAAUGACAAGAGGUCCUGGAAUGAUUGGUUAUUUUGGUCAGAGCUUAGGUCAGGAGCAAACUAUAGUUUUGCCAGCACAAGGGAUGAUUGAAUUUAGAGAUGCUUUGGUCCAGCUUAUCGAAGAUUAUGGAGAAGGAGACAUAGAGGAAAGAAGAGGUGGGAGUGAAGAACCUCCUGAGCUUCCAGAAGGAACUUCUUUCAGGGUAGACAACAAGAGGUUUUACUUUGAUGUGGGCUCCAACAGAUAUGGCAUUUUCUUGAGAGUAAGUGAAGUUAGGCCCCCUUAUCGCAACACAAUUACUGUCCCUUAUAAAGUGUGGACUAGAUUUGGGGAUAAUUUUGUAAAGUACGAAGAAGAGAUGAGGAAAAUUUACAACAGCCAUAAAGAAAAGAGGAUGGAUGCACGUGUGGACAGCAGUGAAGAGCAAGAAUGUCCUGAAUAAAAUAUUUGUAAAAUUACUGUGUGGAACAUUUUACAUUUCUUUUAUUUGGAGACAAAUUCUGUAGGCUUUCAAAAGGAUUUUCCAUUUUUUUGUUAAUUUUUUGUUAUUUUUAGCUACGCGUCAUUCAAGAGUCUGGUAUGUGUAAACUACAACAAAAAACACAUGUGAGUAUACCAGCCUCCUUAGAGCUACUUCAAUAGAAUUUAAGACUAUAGAAGUAUGUUUUUGAUCAGCACAAAAAUGUCAACACUUAAAUACCUUAGGUAAGGCUUGAAUUGCACUAAUCAAAUCUAAUUCCUUUAUAUCUAUAUUUCUACCUGUAUAGAUAUAUUCUACACGUACAGAAAGAAUUAUAUAUUCAAUGACUUUUGCUGUAUGUAUUUGGUUUGAAGAGAAAAGCUUUGCCAAGCUUAUUAUAUACUGGGCAUUUAAUACUGUGAAUGUAUAGGAAAUGCAUUUACAUUUUUAAAAAGAUGAAAUAUACAAGUUUAAGUAGCUGCUGGAUACUAUAUCAAACUGUCAGCGUAACAGUAUAGGAAGCUGGACAGUGGGUAUUUUAGUGCUCAGCUGUUUACAAUGGUUAUAGCCAAGGAAUAUAUAUACAUCUCCUUAUGAAAUAAGCUAUUUAAAUAUAUGAUUAUAGAUGCACAGUUGGGAAAAAUGGGAGGGAAAAAGAGCCUUUACCUUUUUAAAAAUCCCAGUGUUGCCUUCAGAUUUAUUAAUAUUGCAGAGGUAAAAUAAGGUAAGACAAAUUAUAUAUAAACAAAAAUGUUCUCCUUUUUCACAACUGUUCUAUAAGGGGUUAGAUUUAUCAAAUGCUCACCACAGAAAAACGCAUUCAUGUUCUAUUCAAUCCUAUGGGAUUUUUAG